AUGUUCCCAUACCAAUGGUACCAUCCAGCAUUGGCAAUCCGUACAGUCCUGGUUCCUGGCGAGAGGAGCAUGGUAGUGAAGCGUGACACUUGGAGGGCCUAUUGGGUAGGUACACUUGAGACUAAGAAGAUCCCAGCUGAGACCCGAGGAGGCGAUCCUACCUGGAGAGUGUCACUCAAAGGCGUAGACAUGAUUAUGCUAUAUGCUCAUGGUGGAGGAUUUGUCUUUGGCGACGCUGAGAUGUACAAUAAUAUCUUUUGCUCUUGGGUACAACAUUUCAAAACUGUCCAUAAUAAGACCCUGCGCAUCCUGUCCGUUGAUUAUGACCUUGCACCUCAGAAAAAGUUCCCUUUCCAAAGAGACCAAUACUUGUCUGCAUAUCGUUUCCUGGUUCAUGAAAUUCGCUGGAAUCCUCGCAAGAUCAUCUUUGGUGGAGACAGCGCUGGAGCAAAUAUCCUGUUGAAUGCUUGUUAUGUUCUACGUGAGGAUCGACUUCCACCUCCUCGCGCUUUGCUAUGCAUUUCUCCGUGGCUUCGGUUGGAUGCUGAUGAGAUGACUUCACCUUCUAUGGCUCACAAUCGCAGGACCGACUUUAUGCCUCCACAGGUGUUCAAAAAGAUUGCACGUUGUUAUGCAGGACCCAAGGAGAUCCAUGACCCCCAUGUUUCGCCCUUCUACGUCAAAGAUCAUUCAAAGUUCCCAGAAUUAGCCAUUAUUUAUUCUGGAGGAGAAGUUUUGAGAGACGAUUGUGCACGCUUUGUGGAUCAUUUUCAGGCAACAGGGGGUCGUGUUACAUAUCACUACAUGGCUGAGGGCAUGCCUCAUGUAUAUCCUUUACUUCGAGAACUGUCUGGCAAAACACUAGUCAAGGAUGCAGAACGUCGACUGAUGGAGUGGAUCAACAUCUUGGUGGAGGAGAACAAACUCUUGUUCGAACAGAGGAAGCGUACCAAUGCAGCUAAAGCAGCAGUAUCUGCUAACCCCUCUGUCACCAAUCUCAAUCCGACUGUCGACUCUAAAGAGGCUAUUCUUGAUUCACUAUCGCCUAAAAGCCUAGCAAUACCUCCAGUAGACCUUGAAUAUGCUCAAACACCUCAGAUAUCUCACGCGACUCGUAUUGUGGCAGCUCAACCAGUGAUCACAGCACGGACAGAAAGUGGAACUGCUUAUCCCAUAGAACUACAGGGAGUUACAAUCGUUUCUGAAAAGAGGUCAGACGGCUCAUAUGCCCCAUCUGAUUCAAAUUCAUAUUCAACUUGUGGCACUCCACCAGUGUACCAGGGUGGAGACAAAGAAGAGUACUUUGACCCAGAGCGUCAAGAUAGCUCCGAUGAUGAGGGAGAUAACGACGAUGUCUCCGUUGAGAUGCUUGUUGUUGAUAAUAACUAA